CUCCAUGGAGAUAAUACCCCUACUCCUGUUCUGCGGGGUCUCCGCAUGAUCACUAAGGCACUAGUGAUACAAAGGUGCUCCUUGACCUGUCUGCUAGAGGCAGGAGAAGGCAAGGCUAGCUCUCUCCUGCUCUAGGGAAAAUGGCUAGUUCUAAGGAAGUGGGAACCCUUUGCAUGGGUGCCCUGGGGGGUUUAUAUAGGCCUACCCCCAGGGGUACAAUGGUAAUCCGGCUGGGUGCUGCGCCCGGCCGUCAGUGACCCCGGCCUCUGGGUUCUUCGUCGACUGCUGGGGCCUGCCGCCUAGUGGGCCCCGCCGGCUGGUUCGGUAUGGAGCCGACAGGCCACCCCCGUCGCUGGCGGGUCUGGUCGGCGGUUACUCACUGUAGCCGUGCUGCUAAUGACGCGGGCUUGGUCAGCUCAGUGUGGCUACAGUCCUGCCGCCUUGCAGGAGAUCACUGUAGCCACACCUGGUCUCGUCAGGUUAAUGGCAUGCUUGCUACGGGGCGAGAGACGGCCGCCUGCUGGAGGCCGACCCUCCUCAGGUCCGACUGGUUGGGCAUCCGCCGUCUUCUAUGGUGUCAUUGCCCGAUAGGGCCCAUAGCCGAUGGGCCGUACCGACAGGUCGUCAUGGGGAACAGGGCUCCGCCCGUCCGGAAUGACGUCAGGGGGGAAGUGGCAACAGUGCCACGCCGUGCGAAGAUCUUCGCCUGUACGGGGCAUUGUGGCCUCGCCCAGCCCGGGAUUUGGAGGCGAGGGGCUUCACUGUAGCCACGCUCUAUCUCGUCCUAUUGAUGGGGGCACAAACUCUGAGGGCGCCAGGUGGCCGCCCUCUCUGGGAGCCAGCCUACUGGAGCCGGCCGCUCGUAGUGCCGUCUUCUGGUGAUUGGCCGUCCUCCGGUGGCUGGCCUUUGAGCCCGCAGGCCCCUGGAGGGCGGAGCUUUAGCUUGGGUCUUUGCGGGACGAAGUCGACCCAAAGUUCUGUCUUGUCCAGGGACUCGAGUGAGGCUACCCGUGGCCCAUUACUCCGACACUAGUCCCCGAAGCCGGUGAGGCAUUGUGGUCGUGGGGCCGUGAAGUCUCAGUGGCUUCCCCCCUCACCGAGCUCUCGGAGAAUGUUUUGAUCCGCCUCGCGGCGCCCCGACUGCUGAAGCCGGCUUUGACAGGGCGGGAUCGUCGGCCAAUUUUGAACUUCAAGGCAGGAAAACAGGUGGCCUGCGUGCUAAGCUUCCUGGUGUCGCCGCCCGCCAUAAGCACGCCACGCGGCACGCGCCAGCCCGCCCAGCCUGCCAUCCCACGCUCCUGAUGGGACGUGACAGUGGGCCGGGCCCGCCACUACCGGGCCUCGGCACGCGGGCGGAUCCGCUGCGCUGAGGUGGGCGGUUGCGAUUCCCAUGAGCGUUCAAGGCGCAGUAAGUGUGCGCGGUAAAUUGGGGGUCGUGGGGUCGUAGGCGCAGUUAAUCCCACGACCCCGCGCCCCGUCCCCUCAGCUUCGUAGCCCGAGGGCUAUAAGUAUGGGGAGGAAGGGGAGCGGUGGAGCAUGCGCGCCCUCCUCCCCACACUUUCUUCCCCUCUUGCUCUCUCCGCCAUCGCUGUUGUCGCCGCUCCGUGCUUGCCACCGUUCGCCGCCGCCGCUCGCCCCAUCUCACCGCAGCCCCGCCUGAAGCCAUGGCGCGCGAGAAGAGCGGGGAAUGGGAUGGCUCGACGGUGAUACAAGACCACAUCUCCUUCCUCCGGGACACAUGUCGGAUGCCCAAUGCAGCGUUCAUCAAGGCGCGGGUGUCGCCGGAGGAGGAGAUUUGACCGGCGCCGAGGGGGAACGAGCGGGUCGUCUUCCGCUCGCACUUCCUCCAUGGCUUCGGCCUUCCGGCGAGCGGCUUCCUCCGCUCGUUCAUGGACUUCUACCACGUCCAGCCACAUCAUCUUACGCCCAACACUGUGACCCUACUCUCCGCCUUCGUCAUGGUGUGCGAGGGCUACAUCGGCAUCCUCCCCACAAUCAAGCUGUGGGGAGCAUUCUUCUAUGGCAAGCUCGGCACCUCCUCCAAGGACACGAUGGCCGAAUGCGGCGGGUUUGUCGCCGUGCAUCGGCCGGCGAAAAGGAAUGUCUUCCCCGUCAUCAAGCUGUCUCAGUCUGUAAAACUGCGGCAGCAGUCUUAUUUUUAUGUUGAGAACGUCGACCUGAAUGUCGACUUCAUCAACCUGCCGGCCUACGAGGCCAGCCCCCCAGUCGGGUCUCGGUCCAACUGGGGCUACAAGCCCAAGCCGGUGUCGGCGGACACGACAGCCGCCAUCGGCCGACUCCGGGUGCUCCAGGAGUCGGAGGGCCUCGUGGCCUCCGACCUCCUCAUCGCCUUCGUCGAGCGCCGGGUCCUUCCGCUACAGGGCCGCCCUCACAUGAUCUGCCGGAUGGGCGGGCACCGCAACCCGUGCAGGUUGUGCACGAAGGAUAUGCCGAUUGCUGAGGUCGGGAGGAUGGUGAACGAGAUCUCCGACCUCAAGGUGUCGGAGGGAGACUGGCGGUACGGGAAGCGGCCGUAUUCUCGCGACAACCCGCCGCCUGCUGUAAGUCCCUUGACUUCUUUUCGUAGUUCUGACUCUUGGUCUUGCACCUGGUGUAACGCGACUCUUCUUUCUGGAGUGCAGAUUUAUAUGUCUGUGGCAACGACCGCCAUCGUGGGGCCGGGUGGUGACUACCUGCCGGACUGGGCAGUGAGCGAUGUGGACGACCCCGACUUGGGGGUGGCCGCCCUGGAGGAGGACACAGUAGGCGACGAAGGAGCAGGCAGCUCCGAGGAAGGCGGCGGCAUGGAGACCUGGCCUAAUGACGAUGACGACGAAGACGAGCCACGCCCCCCUCGGAGCACCGCCAACACCGGCGCAGACCCCUCCACCGGGCCGCCCGCUCGAGGCGGCAAGCACAAGCGGAAGCAGGGUGCUGCCCUGUUUGGCAGCGCACCGAAGAAGCCCAAGAACCCGGCCGCGGCGACCAAGCGGAGAGAAGCCGCGGCCAAGGUGGCCAAGUUCCAGCGGCAGCCGAAGGUGCCGCUCAUGGUGUCAUCGUAAGUAUCCUUCUUACGCUUCCACCUCUUUGCCGAUCUGGCCUAAAAAACUUUUUGUCUUGUCCUCUUAUCUCAGGGCCCCGCUCACCAUUGAGAAGUCGGCCAUCGCCGGUCAUCAGGCCGGCGGAAACUUCCACCACCAGCCGGCGGAUCGACCCGGCCGCCGACCUACGAGAGGCGCAGGAGCAGAACGCGCGGGGGGCGCGUGAGGAAGAGGCCGACCGCCUGGCGAAGGCGGAGGCGAACAAGGCCGCCGCAUCUGCAGCGAGGAAGCUGGCGCAAGCAGAGGCCGACGCCGCAGAGAAGGAGCGACUUGCAGAGGCCGCGCGCCGCCAUGAGCCGCUGCUCGUGACUCCUCUGAACUCCGCGCCGCCUCCACCGGAGUUUGUGGCGUCGACUGGAGGAGCCGUCGACGAGCAGCCGAUCAUGGAGAGGGAGGGUGGCAAUGUGGCCAUGCCGGACGUCGUCGUGCCGCCACCACCGCCGACCAGCGGACCACAUGACGAGUAGCCGUCCGCUCCGCUGGUGCCACCAUCUGGGGACGCGGUGGUGACGGACCUGAUUCCUGAGGUCCGCAUGCCUGUACGCCGCCGUCUUGAGAAAGCGGCCUCGGCACCACGGCCACUGGAGACCGGUACCGCGAGCUCGUCGGUCCUCGACACUAAGGCGACCAGCGCCGCGCCAGCCGACUGGGUACGCGGGGGCGGGGCGGGCGCCCUGAACCAGGCGGCCCUCGACGUCCAGUCCAAGCUCCGGGCCGAAGCCGAAGCCCUCAAGCGCUGCAAUGACGCGUUCUUGGAUUCGCGAGCAGCCAUCCGCGACUACCACAAUCUUCGCGCGGUCACCUUUAACUCCAGGAUUCAGGAGCUGAAAAAAUAGACCACCAACUUGUCCGAGAGCAGAAAGGCCAACACCGCCUUGCAGCAGCAGCUGGGCGAAGCUAAUACCGCCCUGUGCGGCAAGGAGGCGGAGUGCAGCAAGCUGGCCGAGGAGCGUGACCGGCUGGUCACUCAGCUCACGGAGUAGGCGGAGGCCCUCAAGACGGCUUAGAGGGAGGCAAAGGCGAAGGAGACCGACCUCCUUGCCGAGUUCGAGGUCGAGCGCUCCGCCUGGGCUGACAAGGAGGCGUAGAUGACGGCCUGCUUCAGCAGCAUCGAGGACUUGGUCGAUGACUUCUUCCCGGGCCAUUCCGUUGCUGCGAACCAGAUCAUCGAGGCCCAACGUGAAGAGCAGAGGGCGGAGGGCGUGCAGAUUGCUACUGACGCCCCCCGGACCCUCAACGAGCAGCUCCUCAGUAUCCAGGCCCGCCUUCGGCCUGCCCACCAGAUACUACGCCGCCUUCAGCGCAUCAGAGCCCAGGCAAUCUCCUCCCUCUGGCCGGGCGUGCAGGCUCCACGCACCCCGAGUCGGACUGCCGACUGGUUGGAGGUGGCGGCCGACCGCCUGGAGGCCUGGAAGGGCUCUGUAGCCCGGGAAGGAGCGUGCCGAGCCCUGGAAUUUGUCAAGGCGUGGUACCCUGGGAUAGAUGUAGCCCAGUUGACCAUGUUUUGGCUGGAAGCACAGGAGGAGCUGGUGGCGGGUGGAAGCCGAGCUUAUCAGCAGGGCGGCGGCGAUUGUUGGGGAACGUUGCAUAAAAUAAAAUUUUUCCUACGUUCACCAAGAUCCAUCUAUGAGUUCAUCUAGCAACGAGAGAAAGAGAUGCAUCUACAU